UCCAGUUUGUGUCACACAGUAUUUGUCCCACACCAAUAUUUUGUCCCAAACAAAACACCCAGAAAAGACAAGGGAGCAGAAGGGGAGAGCAAAAGACUGGCAAAUAUGGAAACCACGUCUUCAUUGAUCAAAUCUGUAACCAGGCGAGUGUGGUCCCCACCGCAGCGGCCUUUCAGAGUGUGCUGCCAGAGGAGGGAAACUAAGAAGGGUGUCACGGCUGGAACCCUUGAGGAGCUAAAGGAGAAGGCUUGCCAGGCUUUGCUGAUGUCACUGUCAGCAUUAUCUCUGUGUCUGGUUUGUGAGGAGGACGGUACAGAGGUGGACUCUGAUGAGUUCCUCAUGACCUUACCUGACAACAUCAUGCUCAUGGUGCUGCGGCCGGGACAGACAUGGAGCCCACAGGCAGGUUCUGUUGUGCUCAAAGACCAAAACAAACCUCGGACCGGAAGAGACAUAGCCCGAGUCACCUUUGACCUCUAUAGGAUAAGCCCCAAAGAUGUGUUUGGUUCCCUGAAUGUGAAGGCUACAUUUCAAGGCCUGUACAGUGUGAGCGCUGACUUCCAGUGUCUGGGGCCCAAGAAAGUUCUCAGGGAGAUGCUGCGUGUGGCUUCCACCCUCCUUCAAGCUGCAGGACACUUACUUAUCACGACAGCGUCUAUGAUCCGUCGCAUCAUUGAGGGGACUGAGCUUUGGCAGCCGCAGAGAGCCGAGUACACGGCCAAAUGGAACUGACAACACUGUCUUUCAUGACUUUUAAAAAUCCAGGCCUGAUAUCGUGUACCAAAAGGUAAAAGAUAUAUAUUUGUGUUAAACCCUUUAGUAUCUGUGUGUAAAGCAGAAAAUUUGCUUCCUACCUUGCAGUACUUCUUUGAUAACGCAGUUACAACGAAUGUAUUCAUUCCUUAGCUGAUAUAGUAUGCAAAACAUUUGCCUCCAAAUUGUUUAAUCAAGAAUAAACUUUUCUUUUGCUGCAAAAAGUC